GGUCCAUUCACAAAGUACAAUCUUGCAUGGUUGUUUCGUCAGAAAUUCCGUAUUGCGACGCCCUUCGCGGGUUUUAAAAGAAAACCAUCAGCAUGGUGCUCGGUUUCUGGCAUAUCCAUUCAAAAGCGCAAACUGGAUAGAAGUGUGAAGGAUUUCAACGCCAAGUGAUUUAACGCUCAGAAGUUUACACAACAAUCGAAAGUACCCAAAAAAACAGUGUUUGGCAAAAAACGUAUCUAGAAGCAGAGAUAAACAUCUUUUUAAAAAUGUUCGCUUAAAAAGUGCAUUUUUUGCGGUUCAAAGUUACCCGCUUUCCGCAAAUUCAUCAUAUUCAUCUUUCGCUUUUGUACACGCUGAGGCAAAGUUUGCCAGCGUGGCACGUUUUGUUUUGAUCUUGUGAGACUCGCACGAGAGAAACUUCGAGAACAUCAUGACCACCCCGAUCUUCAUAACCGUACCGACCAAGUAUAUCCCCAUUAACGUUGCCCCGGUUGUGACGAAACCGUCGGCGUUGAAAGGUGUGUCCGAGAUGAAGCCAUUGGCCAAGCGACCCACUUCUGUGGCUCCUUCGUCCAUGGUCUCCGAUGAGGAAUCGUCCUCGAUGGACGAGUUCAUCGUACGCGGCAAAAAACGCCGUCUGGACCAUCUCACGUGGGAAGAAAAGAUUCUAAGAAAAAAAUUAAAAAAUCGUGUAGCAGCUCAAACAUCACGUGAUCGCAAGAAAGCCAAAAUGGAAGACAUGGAACAGACGAUCCAAAAUCAAUCGGAUCAAAUUGACGAUCUGCAGAACAAAUGCAGAGCGUUGGACUCUGAGAAGGCAGUAAUCUAUGAAAAAUAUCUAGAUCUGGAGCGACGAUUCGAAGAUCUACAGCAGCGCCUGUUGGCACAAGAACAGAAGAAAGUGAAAGAAGAGCCGCAGGAAGACGAAGUUGGUGGCAGUGUGGGUUGCGUUACUGCCGGGCGCCAAACGGGAUCAGCAGCAUCCCCUCGAUGCCCUCAGCAGCAGGGACUGUACAAGUGCGGUCCGGCGGAAACGCAGACGACACUGCCCCCAGCGAAAGAUCCGCGGCUGGCAGCCCUGAAGAUCUGUCCUUUGCCUACUCUACAGGACAUGCUCGAAGAUUUCGACAUGUCCCAGCUCGAGGAGCUUGCCGAAAGCUUGCUCGCAAAUGUCGGAGCAGGACUGGAAGAUAUUGAUCGAGAAGGCGGCCCGGUUGUUGCCGAGGGCAACAGCUCCAGCCAGUGCCUGCCUGGAUCAGUGGUGGGGUCCACAUCAAAAUUCUUGGAACCCAGUAGACCGGAGACCCCUACGGGAAGUCGCCUGAUUCUGACCACGCACAACUACUCCAAGUCGCCAUUCUACGAAAUUUCUGAUGCGCCACAAGAGAAUCCAUCGCAAGAAUAUGGUAACCCAGUUCCUGUGGUCAUUGUAGAGAACCAAAAAACAGACCUACCUAGUAGCGAUACAUUCUACGGCACUUACGACAACGAAACAAACUGCAUAACGAUCGUACUUGCAGAUAGUGACGGGAUUGAUGAAACUACAGAUGCUACUCUAGACAUCACUGGCACGAAUGAAUCGUGCGAAGAGCUUCUACUGCAUGAUCAAAUAGAGAAAAUAGAAGAACCGACAGAAACGGAGAUCAAACAACCAUCUGAGCCAUUAUCUGCACUAGCUCCCGUUAUGAUCCGGCCCCCUUCACCUCUACACGAUCUGCUAUCACCGAUUCCGACACAGGCCCUCAAAAGUCCAGGCGGAUUCUCCAGUUUCUCUGACGCGGGGUAUGAAUCACUUGGAUCGCCUGUUUCGUCCUCAAUAGGCAGUGAAAUUACAAAGUCUGUCAUUGGCACCCCAAAAGAGCCGCUCGCAAUGUCCCUCGACGUUGCUUUCAAUUAUGAUUUUGAUGAAUUUUGGAAUCUAGAUCCAUUUUUCCCCAUUCUAGAAUAAUACAUUCUAGAAACAAUUAAAAUUUCAACAUGGUCUCCUAAGCGAUUGAUUCGAUCAUGGCGGUUAUUCACUGUACAAAAUACAUUUAAAGUUGUCCGUACGUUAUGCCUGUUCAUACACGCGUCACCACUGGUUAUUCGAUAAAAUUGUAAAUGUUACAUUAUAGCAUCUGAAGAAGAGUCGUAGGUUGUAUCGUUAUUAGCUUAAGGAUCUCUCUUUAAAAUAUAUGCUAGGUUCUGUACAUUUAACAUCCUACUUGUAAGCUACACACAAAAUGGGAAUUCAAAUUGUGAGCAAAAUUUGUAAAUCUGCAAUAAGUAGGAUAGAAUCAGCCCAAGAAUAAAAUAUCUAGGGAGGGUAUAUUUAUUACCGAUUUAUGAAUUGCAUCGCUAAAUUGUAGAGUUAUGCGAAAGAGUUCGCCGUUGCAGAAAGUAAUAAAAACGUAGGUUUUCA